AUGAGCACAGGCCGCUUCUCGAGGAAGGAGAUGGAAGCGCUGUGCGGAGGAGGUAACACAUCGAUCACGAGAGUCAAGCGAGCCAUGUUGGAGUUAGCAAGAAGGAUAGGCGUGACGCCGGUCAGCGUCGAGGUCGAGGAAGAUCGAGACACGCUCAGCUGGGACGGAAGCUCGAUAGCUCUCUCCCUGGCGACCAAGGCAGAGGCUCGACGCCUGAUGGACGACAUGCCCUUCUACUUGGAAGGGAUCCUGGAAGUCAAGCUGGAGGCAGUGGGGUUCAAGCUCAACCCUCAGCAUGAGGAAGAGAGGAGCCCGAGCAGCGAGGAGCAAGCCCAAGAGCCCCAAGGGCAGCAGCAAGGCGCUGGAUGGCUGGAGCUCAGCGACAUCGACAGGAUCACCAUGGAAGCAGCGUCACCGUCAGGGCCAGUCGAUCAACAGGUCUUGCUCGACCUCUCGACGAUGCUCUUGGAGACAUCAGAGGAGGAGCUGCUAGCUGGCAAGCCGAUCUCCCUGGAGCUAGACAAGAGUGUUGGCAAGCUGCAUGAAACCUUCUGCUCGCCGGGCAACGUGGAGUUCAUGACGCUCGGAGCUUGGGCAGCCACGCCGACGCUGGGAACGAAGCGAAACAUGUUGAAAGAAAAGCUCAGAGCGUACCUCGGCGAGCAGCGCUGCCAGGACACGGCGACUGAUGCGCUCGAGCAGGAGGCUGAGAGCGAUGACAUCGAGAGUCGAUCUGUAAGCCUCUUGUUUCUUGCGAUCAGUAAAUUUGCUGAGCACCAUGGGUUGAGCUGCACGGGCAAGGUCGACAAGCAAGACCGACUGCGGCUGAUGAUGAGGGAGGAAGUCGACAUGGAGGCUGAGGAGGGCGAGGGCGUGGAGGAGGAGGCCGGUGCAGGCCUCUCGCUUGCUUGA